GGCGCGGAGGCUGCCCCCCACCGGAGCGACUCGGUGACGGGGGGACUUUUAGAGCCAGGGCUCGCGCGGAGCCCCCUGCGCUCUCACGCUCUUUCGCUCUCACGCACGCACGCGCGCGCACAUACAUACAGAUACUACAUUGACUCGGAGAGAGGAGAGACGGACCCUCCGUGCGCACGCACACUGGAUAUUGGCGUCUUUUGCACCAAAAGCUCGCGCGCUCUCUCGCUCGCUCGCGUUUUCUUCUCCAUCCAGCCUCGAGCGCACGCGGACAGCGAGUGAUGGAGUGAUGGAUUGAGGGGCUGACACACACAAGGAUUUAUGCGCGGAUUCUGCACGCGGGUUUUCUCCUCUUAGUGUCCUCCCUCACCCCGCUCCGGACAGCGCCCCCUGGUGGAGGAUGUAGUGAUGAUCCCCGUGCAGCGCGUGCAGGCUCAGGCCCAGGUGUGGCCAGGUGAGCCCCCGCCGCUGCUGUGGAUGCUCCCGGGCCUCUGUCCUCUUGCCGCUGCCCCGCCCCCUCCACUGAUGGUGGCGUCGCGCUCGCCGCCGCUGUUACGCGCCGUGUCACGCUGGCAGCUCUCCGCCGCCUCCUGCGAGCCCUUCCUGCCGCUGGUGCGCGCCACCGAGCCUGUGCUCACUCCGUUCCCGCUGGCCGGCGUUCAGUGGGAGCUUCCCUCCAGGCCUCCGAUGCUGGGGUUUCAGCCCUCUGCGGGGGUGGAUCUGGUCCCGGUGUUCCCCCCGGUGUACCGCACCCUGCUGCCCCCCCACUACGGCAAAGCCUGGCUGGAGAAGCGCGUGCCGGACUACAAGGUUUAUCUUAAUAACACUCUGGCUCUGGAGACCACCUGGAUCAGCCCGGAGGAAGUGGGACUUUUCCAGCGGCAAGAAAAGCCAAUGAUGAUGACGAAUCAAGUGGCAAUGAGCAUAUCCAGGCCAGCCGCCGCCUCCAGGAAUUUCCACACUCUUCUCCUGACGCCCAGGCGUGUUUCAGGUUGUCCCGUGGCUAUAAAACGAGUGCGGAGCAACAAGCGCAUGGCCUUGGCUGCAGCAGCUCUCAUGGCCAUGGAGUCGGACGUGACGCAAGGACCCUCAGCAUCUUCAGCUCAUCCUCUUCACCUACUGUCUCUCUCACCCAUCAAAAUCCCCAUCCUCACGCCCCGCAACCGAGGGUCUCGAAGGGCCUGGGCGAGAUUGUUGAGUCCAGUCCUUCCAGCUCAGAUCACCACCGUAGCGUCGCUGUCGGUCCCCAGCGUGACCCUCGUGACCAGAGACUGGAAAGAUCAGGCGGCUCCAGAGAAGAAACUGGAGGUGAAGACGCCAUCCUGUGCAGGAGCUCUGGUGCUUCGCUCUGAAUCCACCCCGGAGGACAAAGUAGAGGAUGAGCAGUUUAAGGUCAGCAUGGAAAUCGACAGCUCGCCCAAAGACAACCGACCUGUUGCAUCGACGCCUGUACCAGGAUCGCCAUGGUGUGUAGUUUGGACAGGAGACGACAGAGUGUUCUUCUUCAACCCCACCAUGCAGCUGUCUGUGUGGGAUAAACCAGUGGAUUUAAAAGAUCGGGGAGACAUCAAUAAAAUCAUUGAAGAUCCUCCACAUAAACGCAAGAAAGACUCUCUGGAUGAUGGCUCAAAUUCUGCAUCAUCAGAUGAUGAGGACGAUGAUGAUGAGGAAGAUCAUAUAUCCAAAUCCAAACGUAACAAAUUGGAGGAACCGAUGGAUUGUGUUCCAGCAAGCGAUGAAAACAACACAGAACGAUGCAAAACAUCUAAUCAGAUGGUUCUACCUCUCGAACUGCGGAUCACACACUUCAGAGAUAUGCUGCUGGAGAGAGGGGUUUCCGCUUUCUCUACGUGGGAGAAGGAAUUACACAAAAUCGUAUUUGAUCCUCGGUACCUCCUGCUGGGUCCGGAGGAGCGUAAACAGAUUUUCGAUCAGUUCGUCAAAGCCAGGAUAAAAGAAGAGUACAAGGAGAGGAAGAGCAAACUGCAGCAGGGAAAGGAAGAGUUCCGGAAGCUGCUGGAAGAGUCAAAAAUCACGUCCAAGUCAACUUUCAAAGAGUUCUCGGAGAAGUACAGCCGAGACCCUCGCUUCAAACAGGUCCCAAAACCCAAAGACCAGGAGCUCCUGUUCUCGCAGUUCGUCAGCGGCCUGAAGAAGCGCGAUAAAGAAAAUCGAAUGAGGCUGAGGAAGAUGAGAUGAAGGCUCGCCAGCCUGUGAAUAAACUGCUCUACUGAUUUAUUUUACUUAUUUUUUUCUGCAGAGUACUGUGACAGGAUCACCGAACAGUAUGUCCUCUACUCAAACUGCACAAUGACACAAUCUGUCUAAAGCAUCUGACUGAGCAAAAAACGCUGGCAACAAAAAUAUAUAUAUAAAAAAAAUACACUCUGCACGCCAUCGGCGGUCCACGAUUCACUCCGAAUACAAUCCUGAUUUUUGGAAGGUUGUUAAUGUUAAUAAUAAUAAUAAUAAUAAUAAUAAUAAUAAUAAUAAUAAUAAUAAUAAUAAUAAUAAUAAUAAUAAUGAUAAUAAUAAUAAUGAAGAAUCAGAGUCAGUCUGGUUCGACUCUAGAGAUGGUUCAACUCUGGAGACUCAACCUGUUUCAUAUUGAAGCUCCUACAAUUCAGUGUUGCAAGAUGUCACAAUAAAUAAAAAGAGAAAUAAAAUGUUAAUAUGAGUUAAUAUAAGUUAUUAUGAGUUCAUAUGAGUUAUUAUGAGUUAUUAUGACGUAAUCUGUACUGUACUGAAGCCAUCUGACCUGAGCACACAGGUGUGAACUGAUUUUUAAAGGUGAUUGUGUAAAUAGAUGUGGAUAACCCAGCGCUGUAAUUAAGAUGAUUUUGUGGGCGUGUCCGGUCCGUGUGUGGGCGUUUCUGGAGAUGUUCGGUUCUCCACAGCAUCUGUGAGGAUCAACAAGCUGUUGUGUUUUUUUUUUCUCGGUGGGUUUUUAAAAUGUUGUCCAAAAAAAAAAAAAAAAAAAAAAUUCACUGUGGUAAAAAUUGUUCUGGUAUUAUGAUGUAGGAUGAUGAUGAUGAUGAUGAUGAUGAUGAUGAUGAUGAUGAAGUUUGACUCUUUAGCACAAGUGUUCAUAAAUUCCUCUUUAAAAUCCAGCUGAAAAGGGACUGUUUCACUCCUUAUCAAUGCAAUUUAUUAAUUUAAGUUAUUUUUUUUAUUAAUUGAUUGACUUGUGUUUGUUAAAGCUUGAUUGAAUUGUUAAUUGGUUGCUUGGAUGAUUGAUUGACUGAUUCACUGAUUGGAAUAGUUUUUAUUGUUCAGCUUUGUCAGUGCCAUUUAUAGUAUUUAAUCAUUUAUGGAUUAAUUGAUUGAUUGAUUGAUUGAUUGAUUGAUUGAUUGAUUUAUUGAUUGGUUGGUUGAUUGGCUGAUUGGCCGAUUGAUUGGGAUAGUUUUAAUUGUCCAGCUUUGCCAGUGCCAUUGAUUUAUUUAAGUUAAUUUAUUCAUUUAUUGAUUGAUUGGUUUAUUUAUUAAUUAGGAUAGUUUUAACUGUCCAGAUUUGUCAGUGCCAUUUAUUUAUUUGUUUGUAUUUAUUAAUGAUUGAUUGAAUUGUCUGUUGGUUGCUUGAGUUAAUUGAUUGAUUGUUUGAUUGGGAAAGUUUUUAUUGUUCAGCCAUGUCAGUGCCAUUUACAGUAUUUAAUUAUUUGAGGAUUAAUUAAUUUAAUUGAUUGAUUGAUUGGCUACUUGACUGGGAUAUUUUUAAUUGUGAAGCUUUGUCAGUGGCAUUUUUAUUUAUUUUUUUUGUAUUUAUUAUUUUUAUUUUUAGAGCCUGAUUGAAUGGUUGAUUGGUUGUUUGGUUGGUUGGUUGAUUGAUUGAUUGACUAAUUAGGAUAGUUUUCAUUGUCCCGAUUUGUCAGUGCCAUUUAUUUAAAUAUAUUUUUUGUAUUUACUAUUUUUAUUUUUUUAAAGGUUGUUCGAAUGGUUGAUUGAUUGGUUGAUUGGUUGAUUGAUUGAUUGAUUGACUGAUUAUAUAUUGUUAUAUGUAAAGUAACUGUGCAGCGUGUUAUGCAAUGUUCACCUUCAUAUUCCACAGUCAACCUGUUCAAAUGUUUAUUUUACAUUUAUUUUAAUUGUGUAACAUAUAAUACUUACAAAAAAACAUCAUACAAAAAAUGUCUAAAUAUUUUCAUUAAUUUGUUGAUGUAAUGCUUGUUUUAUUUGCUUUUAAUAUAGUUUUAAUUGUCCAGAUUUUUUUUUAUUAUAGAAUGGCUGAUUGUUUGGUUGGAUGAUUGGUUUAUUGAUUGGGAUAGUUUUAAUUUUCCAGCUUUUCAGUGAAAUUCAUUUAUUUAUUUAAUUCAUUUAUUUAUUGGUUUAUUAAUUGACUAGGAUAGUUUUCUUUUUUUAGAUGUACCAUGCUGUAAAAAUUGUUUUUCAAAUAAAAAAAGAUUUGUCUUUUUCAAGAAGGUUACUUUAAUUUGGAAAUAUGUUAGUAAACCUAUCAGUAACUGUUUGAAGUUGAUAAAAAUCUGUUUUUAAAAGCUUUAUUUAGCUUGAUUAGAAUUUACAGGUUCAUUAAGGCUUUUAUUUCACUGUUACCCACCACUUUUAUAGCUCACACAGAGACACAGCCGGAGAUUUCAUCAGAAGAAACCGGAGAGAUGAGCAGUGAAGAUUUUAUUACAUUUAUUUUAUUUUCAAUUCUCUACAUUAUUGUAUGUUUUGAUAAAAAUAUUUUCUGUUAAAGAGACCCUGUGAUGGAAAAAGGAGAACCCUUGCUGUUUUGAAAUAAAUGACUUUAAUGUACAAUGUAAAAAAAAAUAAUCACUGACUUUUCAUCAUUGACUAUUAUUAAUGAAAACUAAACCAAAAGAGCACACAAACCAGGUCAUGCAUUGUUUUGUAGUCAUCGUCAUGCCGAUAUUAAGGGUCUGACUUCAGUUUUCAGUGAGAAAACGUGACAUAAAUGUUUUUUUCAGAAUUUAUCACAAUUUUUAAUAUUCUUGUAAUAUUCUUACCAAACUGAACUGCUAGAAUUUUUGCACCAGGAGUAAAGCAGCAUAAAGUUAUCCAAAAGCAGUGUGUAAGACUGGUGGAGGAGAACAUGAUGACAAGAUGCAUGAAAUAAACUGUGAUUAAAAACCAACCAGGGUUAUUCCACCAAAUAUUGAUUAUUUCUGAACUCUUAAAACUUUAUGAAUAUGAACUUGUUUUCUUUGCAUUAUUUGAGGUCUGAAAGCUCUGCAUG